CCGGCAGCAGCGCGGGUAACUUGCUAACGUCACGCCGCGGACAGCGAGGAGAAGCUACACCGCCGUCUGCGAAAGGAAACACCUCACACUGAUGUUGGACAGAAAGUUCGCUCAGCUUCGUCAACAUGGUGGGAAAGAUAAAACACGUCCGGCAGAAGAUUCACCAGGAGGCCGUGAAGCUCGACAGGCCGAGCGGCCUCACUCAGCUGCCGGACUCCGCGUUACCUCCGAGUUUAGAGAAGCCUCCUGCUCCGGGACUCCACACACACACAAUAAGUCCUCCACUGCUGGGGAGCAAGAAGAGUGACGCCUCGAACAAUGUCAAACAGACUCUGGCACAGAGCUCCUUCCCCACCGGGAUCUUUGCCGGCACUAAAAUAACUCCAGAGGCUCUGGUCCAAACACUGAAGUUUGAGGAACCUCCAGAUGUACCUGUACCUGUUCAGAAAGGUCCAGAAGAGAAGAAACUCAAGUCGAAGAAAGAAAAGAUGAAGGAGAGGAGGGAGAGGUGGCUCAACAAGAUCAGCUCCAUCAAACAGGCCAAGGAGCAGCAGGCGGCUGAGGCUCGGAGGCAGGCCACCCCUGUGGUAGGAGACAUGAGGCCGCUGGCUGACGCCCUGCCAGAGCUCUCUCAACUCAUCGCCCCCGCCGCCACAGCCCCCACUGCACGCCGCAAAAGCAGGAAAAACAAAGUGCCGGUGAAGAGACCCGAGCCCACAGACUUCAGUCAGAUGAAGCAGUCACAGAAACGCAAACUCCUGGAAACGGAGACGAGCCGCUUCAGCGACGCGGUGAAGACCCUCUCGGCCAAAAUGAACCCUCUGACUGACAUCGGCAAGCAGCUGAGGAAGAGGAUGAGGCAGGAAGAAGAGCAAGGUCCGAGCUAACAGCGGCAGCGGCAGCUUAACUCUGUGAGAGUGAAGCGCUUCCACAGACGUUAAUCAACAAACCCUGCUUGAUUCUGUCAGCGGAAACCCGAGCCCGGUACAUCAUUGGGCUUAAAAGGAGGAAGAAGUCAAUCCUCCCUCACGUCGCUCAACCACUGACUGAAGGAUGCUGCUGUCUGCUCCCAGACACUUUGAUCAUGUUGACUGUAACGGAUAUCUCCCACUUUUAUUAUCCACAUUUCCUCUUCGGUAAUAAAUCUCAGUCCAUCUAACAACA